UUAUUACGUAGUUUGCUAAAUACAAACAUCCAUCCUAUCAGUUGGCCUUUCAAACUGAAACAAUAGAUAGAUAAAAAAAUAAAGGAUUUCCUUCAUCAGAGAGAGAAGGAAGAAGGAAGUGCUCUUUACCGACAGUAACAUUACCUGUACAACCUCGGGGGCGAGGCCUCAGGGCCUCACACUGAAUAUAAAGAAGGUGACAACAGCGCAAACUCCACAUCUCCAAGAGAACCUGAAACCUUCACAGAUAUCUUCACAGAAACGGGUAUGCUUUUCUCUGCUCUUCUGGUGCUGGGCAUCUGCCUGGUUCCUGCUCACUCCAAACCGGCAGGAGAACAUCUUGGCAGUCCUCUCCUUCAAAGCUGUUUUGAGGAGGCAAAGAAACUCGUGGAUGAUGCUUAUAAGUACUCCAGAGAAGAGAGUCUGAGACGAGUCCGCAAGGAGGUGGUGCGUCCUCACGAUGCUCUUCGUCUCCUGAAGCAGCCUCGUGCUGACACGCGCUCAGCUGUGAGAUCUGCAGACUACAUGGCACAGACCCUCCGUCUGCUGCACGAGAGGGUGCAUCAUGUGCACAAACGCUCACUCAACGCAACAGAUUUGCUCAGUAGAGAGGAUCUAGUUAAGCUUUCCCAAAUAUCUGGAUGUGCAGCUCGAGUCAUUCUUCCAUCAUGCCGGACCACACCAAACCUUAAUAAGUAUCGCACAGCCACCAGCGUCUGCAACAACAUAAAUAACCCUCGCCUCGGGGCCUCCAACACCCCCUUCGCCCGCUGGCUACCUUCCGAAUAUGACGAUGGCAUCUCCCAACCAAAAGGCUUUAACCGAAACCGAAAAAUCAACAACUUCUUGCUCCCACUGGUGCGACAGGUGUCCAACAACAUCCUGAGCACAACAGACGCAGGCGUGGUUAACGACACAGAAUACACUCACAUGGUGACCCUGUUUGGGCAGUGGAACGACCACGAUCUCACCUUCACACCCUUCUCCCCCAGCAUCCGCUCCUUCAGCAAAGGGAUCAACUGUGAUGAGAGCUGUGAGAAUACUGAGCCAUGCAUCCCCAUCCCGAUUCCUCCUGGUGACCCCCGCUUGCCCUCUGGCCCAAACAGCUGCAUCCCUGCGUUCAGAUCCGCCCCUGCUUGCGGAACGGGAUACUCGGCCUACAAUUUUGGUGGAGAACCCAACAAGAGAGAGCAGAUCAACGCCCUGACAGCCUUCCUGGAUCUUGGCCAGGUGUACGGCUCUGAGGAGAAGCUCGCUCUGUGUCUUCGUGACCUCGAGAGUGAUGCCGGCCUGCUGCGCGUGAAUACAGAGUUCAAAGACAACAACCGUGAGCUUCUGCCCUUUAACCCUCUCCAGGUGAACAUGUGUGCCACUCGCAGAAGAGUCACCAACGACACGAACGCCAGAGAGGUUCCCUGUUUCAUUGCAGGUGAUGGCCGCGUGGACGAGAACAUCGCUCUGACAUCCAUUCACACACUGUUUAUGCGUGAGCAUAACCGCCUGGCUCGUGAACUGAAGAGACUGAACCCACAAUGGGAUAGUGAGACACUCUACCAAGAGGCCCGUAAGAUCAUGGGUGCUUACACACAGGUGUUUGUGUUCAGGGACUAUCUGCCUCACAUUGUGGGUCCCGACGCAAUGCGUACACAGCUUGGCCGGUACCCUGGCUACAAUCCUAACGUUGACCCCAGCAUCGCCAACGUCUUUGCAACAGCAGCUUACCGCUUCGCCCACUUGGCCAUCCAGCCAUUCUUAGCCCGUCUGGAUGCAAACUACAGGGAGGACCCUCGGUUCCCCAGUGUUCCCUUGUUCAAGGCCUUCUUCACCCCCUGGAGAAUCAUAUUUGAGGGUGGCAUUGACCCUCUGCUCCGUGGUUUGAUCGGCCGUCCUGCUAAACUGAACACUCAGGAUCACAUGAUGGUGGAUGCUCUGAGGGAGAGGUUGUUCCAGUUUGUGAUGCAUCUGGCUUUGGACCUGGGCUCUCUCAACAUGGAGAGGGGACGUGACCAUGGCUUGGCUGGCUACAACGCCUGGCGCGGGUUCUGUGGCCUGUCUCAGCCCAGGAACCAGCAGGAGCUCGCUCAGGUCCUGAACAACAACGACCUGGCCCGCAGACUGCUACAGCUCUACGGGACAGCCGACAACAUCGACAUCUGGAUGGGAGGCGUGGCAGAGCCGUUUGUCAAUGGCGGCCGUGUGGGGCCUCUGUUCGCUUGCCUCAUCGCAACACAGUUCCAGAGGAUCCGCCAGGGUGACAGGCUGUGGCACGAGAACCCGGGCGUAUUCACCUCGGCGCAGAGAGCCGCUCUGUCCGCUGCCUCCUUAUCCAAGAUCAUCUGUGACAACACCGGUAUAACGGCAGUCCCCAGUGACGCCUACAGCGUCCUCUCAAACAGGAACCGGCUCGUCAGCUGCACCAACCUCCGAGGCCUGAACCUGUCAGCCUGGAAGGAGACGGUGACGUCUAACGUGAUUGCGAACCAACAGAAAAGCCAGGACCGCCCGGACCUCCAGAACAAUGAGAUCUCGUAGGAUCCUCAGCCCCGAGAGGCCCUCCUGGAUUGCCAACACUCAACAUCAAUCCUACACAGCCACCAUCUGCCUUCUCUGUCCGCCUGGGCGAGUACAACCCAUCCUCAGAGAAAAUCAUCGGCUUUAGGAUCUGUUUUUAUAACUCAAUUUCUCUGCAUUUAACUUUACUUUCCAUUAAUUACAUCUUAUCAAAUAUCUAAUUUUAAUAAUUGACUUAUUUUUUGCUUUUGGUCCGAUGGACCAGACUAGGGCACACCAUACAACUGCACAUAUAUAUAUUUUCUGAAAAAUGAACAAAUAUUUGAUAGGUUUAGAAAAAACAUGAAUGAGCAUUAAAUGUAUUGCAGCAAAUCUGUUCAACUCUUAUACAGCACAUGUAGUAUUUUGGUCUGAAAAUGUUUAGCCAAUUUUGAUGGUGGGAUUUAUCAGUAUUAUUAUGAAAGGCACUGACCAAAUUUAAGCAUGUCUUUACAAAGUUGUGUGUGCUUUGUCUGUGAGGCUUGUUUCACUGUAACUUUAUCUGUUGUAUUGCACAUUUAAUAAACUAAAGAAACCGUAGAGCA